CCCCCCCCCCUCUCUCAAUGGCCGCCCUCCGCACCUUCCGGCCUCGCGCUCUUGUCCCCGUCGCCCGCCUAGCCCGCGGCCACGCCGUUGCUGUCGAGCCUCGCUCCACUGCCCCCGUUGACGGCGCCGUCCGCAAUGACUGGAGCCGCGCCGAGGUCCAGCGCAUCUUUGACGGUCCGCUUAUGGAAACCAUUUUCCGUGCUGCUAGUGUCCAUCGCUUGCACCACGACGCGAGCCGCAUCCAGCUGUGCACUCUUAUGAACAUCAAGACCGGCGGCUGCACCGAGGACUGCAAAUACUGCUCCCAGUCAUCAUCUUACAAGACCCCGACCAAGGCCUCGCGCCUUGUCUCCAUCGAGCCCGUUCUCGAGGCCGCUCGCAUGGCCAAGGCCAAUGGCUCGACGCGCUUCUGCAUGGGUGCGGCGUGGCGAGACCUCGCCGGCCGCAAGAGUGGCUUCGAGAAGAUCCUCACCAUGGUGCGCGAAGUGCGCGGAAUGGGCAUGGAGGUGUGCACCACCCUCGGGAUGCUCAGCCCCGAGCAGGCCCGGCGACUCAAGGAAGCCGGCCUCAGCGCCUACAACCACAACCUCGACACAAGCCGCGAGUUCUACCCCGAGGUCAUCACCACGCGCAGCUACGAUGAGCGUCUCGACACGAUCGCCGCGGUGCGCGACGCCGGCAUCUCUGUGUGCUCGGGCGGUAUUCUUGGGCUGGGAGAGAAGGACGAGGACCGCGUCGGCCUUAUCUGGGAGGUAGGGCGCAUGGAUGAGCACCCGGAGAGCUUCCCCGUCAACACGCUUGUGCCAAUCGAGGGGACGCCUCUGGAGAAGAACGACCCUGUCGCCGUCCACACCGUCCUCCGCACCAUCGCGACUGCGCGCAUCGUCCUUCCCAAGACCAUUAUCCGCCUCGCCGCGGGUCGCCACACCUUCUCCGAGACCGAGCAGGCCAUGGCGUUCAUGGCCGGUGCCAAUGCCAUCUUCACGGGCGAAACGAUGCUGACCACUCCCUGCACUGGGUGGGACGUCGACAAGGCCAUGCUCGACCGCUGGGGCCUGCGCGGGAUGCGGUCAUUUGAGGAUGCCGAGAGCGUCGAGGUACUCGACAAGCUCGAGAAGACGGAGGCUGCCGCGUCGGCGUAGUAGUAGUGGGCGGUAAAAUAGAACAUGAGGGCAUGGAUGUAGCACGAAGAAGCUGAACAUUACUAGACCUGGAAUGCUGGACGUGUCAAAGAUGUGGACAAGGAUCGGUGGUCCGUAAACGCUCUCCAUCUCCGCGCAUCGGCCACGUGCCGCCCUAUGCAUGGCCUCUGCCCACGCGACUCCCGUCAUCGCCAUUCCACGCGAACCACGCGAGUGGGGCUGGUUGAUGCGGAUUGAUGUUGGUGGAGAUGGU